UGCUGCGAGCAGUGGUCAUAAGCGUGUGUUUGCAGGCUAACGGAAAAGUGGACUUACGUGGUUUGUGCGUGUGUGUGCGUUCGCAGCAAUGUGCAAAAAUAUUUUUAUCUAUAGGUGUUGUAUAUUUAAAUUGAAUAUAUAAAUAUAAAGCAUCAUUCUGAGCAUACAUAACAUAUUGCUACAGAGAGACAAUUAGAGAAAGAGAAAUAGAUAGAGAAGAGAGCGUGAUAACGUAGAGAGAACUUCAAGUGGCCAACGGAAGUACGUAAAAGCUAAAAGCAUCGAGAUUGCAUUUGUGUGCGUGUGCUGAACAGCUGCCGUGGCUGUUAGAAAGUGUAGCCAAAGAGUGACAUCACGUCAGCCGUUACGGAUACGACUGCGACUGGGAUACGUAGCAAUUAGCAAUUAGCAAUCUGUUUUAAUAUUGUGCAAAAUCACAGCGCUAAUCCCAACGGCAACUGGAACUGUCGAAGAUCCGUACAACUAAUUGUAUGUACCAAUUGUAUCAAUUUAAAAAUCGAAUCUGAGCGGGACAGUACUAGUCAGCCGAAACAAGACGACAGCCGGCUGCAGAACGUACGAGAAUCAACGGACAAACACAUUGUCGCUCUCAAGGUGAACCUGCCUGUGAGCAUACAAGCAGCGGCAGCGGCAGCGACAGUGGCAGCAGAAGCAGCAGUAGCAGCAGUAGCAAAAAAACUCAAAGCUAUUUAUUUCGAAAUUAGUCGCAGCGUUUCGAGACGCGUCGAAAAACGGAAACAGAAAGUGACAAAAGGAGUCGCUUGUGGCACCCAAUAUGAAGCCAACUGUGAUAGCUGCAAGUCAAGCUAGCGCAGCCAGCGGUGCUGGUGGUAGCACCAGCAAUAGCAGCAACGGCAACGGCAACGGCAACGUAACGUCCGCAGGAGCCGGCGUCAACAUACCCAUCAGCCGUGAGUAUAUGGGGAUCGGAGGAGAGCACAACGCCUCACCCCAGCAGCAUCAUCAGCAGCAUUAUGCACAGCAGCGUCUGCCGCCGCAGUUCUACAACAGUCAGACAGCGUAUGGAUCACCUCGGCAGCAGCAGGUUCCUCCAAAUCAGCAGCAGCAACAUUUUCAGCAGCCCUUUGGAUUUGAACCGGACAUGGAUAUGGAUAUGGAAAAUAUGUUCGGACGGUCGCGGCUGGGACGUCUAAACAAUGAUCCUUUCGCUGGCUUUGGAGGCACACGUAAGCGGAAUAGUUUGCACGAUCCCCAAAUCCCUACCCAUCCCCAGGCACACUCAAUGCACGCUGACGAUGACUUUUCUCAUUAUUUUGACGAUGCUGCAGACUUUGGAUUCCCGCAAUUUUCAACACUUGGCCGGCGAGGUCGCGUAGCCGGUGGCGCCAAUAGCAAUAUAGAACCCGACGAUGAUUUUUUUCACAGACUGCCAUCGGAGUUCCGACAAUACAUACCAGAGGGGUUUAGUAGCCGUCGAACUGUAGGCAGCGUCCCUUCUCAGCAGCGUCCACAGCAGGCACCGCAGUACUACCAACAAGAGUUUGGUGUGCCCCAACAGCCGGGACCGACGGCACAACCGAAGGGACCGCAAUCACCCUCGAAGCGGCUUUGCGAUGCUGCCAUCCAAACGGAUGACCCCGCUGGCCGCUCGGAGGUUGAUUGCGCACCCACUGUAAACCUAAACCAGCAUGGACUGCGCAAUACUAUGGAUAUGGGCGUGAAGAGCAUCGCUGAACAAGAGCAAGGGCCGCGUUCGCAUUCAGCGCCGCCCCCAGAGCAACAGAAACUAAAUCAGCAGUACCAGCAACAUCAACAGCAGCAACAGCAGCAGCAGCAUCAACCGCAGCAGCAAACAAAUCAACGGCCUACGCCGCCACCACAAUUUGGCACGCAGACUAGUCCACAAGUACAGCCAAACUUAGGGACGGGUCAGCCGCAAUUUCAUAAGACUUACUAUGCGCCACAGCAGCAAUCGCAUCCCCAGCAGAAGCAGCAGACGCCGCCGCCACCUCAAACGCCCGGCGGCAGCAAUGUGCGCACCAUACCAAUUUUCGUGGAGGGUCGGGCCGAUCCCGUUAUCAAUGCUCAUAAGGAGAUACCAACUCAAAGUGAUUCAGGUGUAGGUCCAGCUCAGGCUCAGGCACAGGCCUGGUCCCAGGCAUAUGCAUCAACGCCGGCAAAUCAACAGCACCGCCCUGCUCCACUUAAUACUCAACAGCCGCAAGGCGAUCAUCAAUUGCAGACGGACGCUGGUGUCGGCAUGCCGCCACAGACCCCACAUACGCUAGACUCAAUCAAGAAGAUUCAGGAUAUACAACGCGAUGUUCUUGACCUAAUGGCCAAAGUGGAGCAGUUCAAAGGCACUCGUCAAGACAAGGAAUACGUAUACCUGGACGAGAUGCUUACACGAAACCUUCUUAAGCUAGACACGAUCGACACAAACGGCAAGGAUAGCAUUCGGCUAGCCCGUAAAGAAGCUAUCAAGUGCAUACAGGCAUCGGUCAAUGUGCUGGAUGCUAAAGCCGAGGAAAACGGCAGACGAGCAUCUGGAAUUGAGGAAAAUGCGGUCAGUGCUGAAACAGCAGAUUCAACACUUCCAGAAGAGGCAAAGCCUUCCGCGGAUUCUGAGCCUGCUACGCCACAGCCUUUGGAUGCAACCAAAAUUCAAGAUCCUAUACCACUACCGCCGCCGCAAAGUACCGCAGAGGAAGCUGCUGACAACCCGACAGAAGAAUCACAAGCUGCGUCAAACAACUCAAUGGAAACACCCAAGGCCGAGAGCACAGCGCUAACAACGUCAUCCGAAUGAUUAUCAAAGGACCUGUACAGAUCCGCUUCGAAGCAGCUAUACAAAUUAACCAAAAUCAAAUCAAAAUAAUGGGGGAUCUAAAAAUGAUUUUUUUUAAUAUAUCGGAGGCAAGCGAUACAUUUUGGAUUAAAGAAUGGUUUGUAAACAUCUGGAUGGGUGCUGGUG